CGCAGGUUGCUGUAGGAUGCUGAGGGACGGGAGUGCCCCAUCCACACUCCCUUUACGUACCACAGCGGAUCCCCCAGGAAGGACAAAUUAACUGGCCACGGUCGAUGGAAACAUGUGUAAUUAAAAAAACUACGUCCGGAUGAAUCUAUUCUUUGUACUUAUCAGGAGACAGUGACUGUUUUAAACCACUGACGAUUUUGGAUACUGCUCUUACUUUUUAACCGGCCAGGCGUUCAUUCAUUCAUUCAUUCAUUUCUAACCUGCUGCGCCCGGUCUCGUUUUAUAUAACGCUCCCUCCACCGACCCCUUUCUGAGGAUGGAUGCCCAGCUCUCUCUCCCCAGGUAUCCGCUGCUGGUGCUACUCUGUGCGGUCGCCGCUCUGCCGGGGACCCGGAGCCCCGUGGCUGCUGCGGUGAGGAGCUGCGCCGACACCCGGCAGGUGUACGCGGAGAAGGGGUACAGCACUGGCAUCGCUCCGCUGACUCAAAUCUCCGGUGAGCAUCUGCGGCUGUGCCCUCAGGACUACACCUGCUGCUCCAGUCAGAUGGAGGAGACGCUCGCCCUCCAGAGCGAGAGGGACUUCCUCAAAGCCGUGGAGGACAACAGCCAGUUCCUUUUGACCACUUUCACCCAGAGACACCGGCGCUUCGACGAGUUCUUCAGAGAACUCAUAGACCUGUCUGAGAAGUCUAUGAACCAGAUGUUCACCAAGACCUAUGGGCGCCUCUUCACGCAGAACGCACACGUCUUCCAGGAGCUGUUUGUGGAGCUUCGCAGAUACUACUCUGGGGGCAGCGUGAGUCUGAUGGAGGUUCUGUCAGACUUCUGGUCCAGGCUGGUGGAGCGGGUCUUCUCACUGGUCAACCCCCAGUAUCAGUUCAGCGAGGACUACCUGGAGUGUGUCAGCAAACACGCCGAGCAGCUGCAGCCUUUCGGGGACGUGCCCCGCAAAAUGCGCGUACAGGUGUCCAGGGCUUUCAUCGCAGCCAGAGCAUUGUCUCAGGGCUUGGCUACUGGUCGGGACAUUGUUAACAAAGCAACCAAGCUGAGCGCGGACUCGGAGUGCGUGCGCGGCCUGAUGCGUCAGUGGUACUGCCCGCUGUGCCGCGGCGCCCCCUCCCUGAGGCCCUGCCACCCCCUCUGCCUCAACGUGAUGAAGGGCUGCCUGGCCAACCAGGCCGACCUGGACACCGAGUGGAACAACUUCGUGGAUGCUCUGUACCAGGUUUCGGAGAAGCUGGAGGGGCCGUUCAACAUGGAGCUGGCAGCCGACUCCAUUUCCGUCAAAGUGUCGGAGGCGAUCAUGCACAUGCAGGAAAACAGCGUCGCCAUCUCCACGAAGGUGUUCCAGGGCUGUGGGAACCCGAGGCCGACCUCAGGGCGCAGCAAGCGCUCGCCCAAGGACCCGGGGGGCAACAGGAGGCCGUUCCGCACCUACAGCCCCGAAGAGAAGCCCACCACUGCCGCAGGCACCAACCUGGACCGACUGGUCACCGAGCUGAAGGAGCGCCUGCGGCCCAUGCGUGGCUUCUGGGUGUCCCUCCCACACACCGUCUGCAGCGACGGGAGCAUGGCCGCCGACGUCACCAACGAGGACCACUGCUGGAACGGGCAGACCAGGGGGAGGUACCUCCCAGAUGUGACGGGCGACGGGCUCGUCAGCCAGAUCAACAACCCAGAGGUGGAGGUGGACAUCGCCAAGCCAGAUGUGAGGACCAGACAGCUGAUCAUGGAGCUGAGGGUAGCCACCAACAAGCUGAGGCACGCACAGAGCGGGCAGGACAUGGACUUCAUGGACAGUGAGGAGGGCAGCGGGUCUGGGGGUGGGGAUCACGGUGAAAGGUACAAUGACGACUGGCCGGGCUACGGGCCUUACGCUCCACCCCACAACAACCCCCCACGUAACCCGGCCUCCAACCCCGCGAAGCCUCCACGGGUCCGAGAACGAAAUGGCUCCAAGUGGAACAGGAACAACGGACGGACUCGAUCUGCCGGCGGCCAACUCGCCCUCUCCUUGUUCCCUUUGUUGUCUCUGCCUGUUGUGGUCACUCUCGCCCCCAUGUGGAGAUAGCUGGUCAUUACACGCGUGUGUACCAGCCACUAUUAAGCACAUAAUGGAGAAAAAACACCCCAAAAAAUAAAUCAUUCCACUUGGUUACACCAGCAGAAGACAGACAAAGCAGGCUAAUCCAACAAUCAAAACCUGUUUAAAGCACAAAAUUAUUUUGCCACAAUGGAAAUGACCAGGUAUUGAUGUUUUCUGAGCCAUUUGGAGACGUCAGCUCAUUGAUGCGGUGCACAGCGUUGAGGCGUAGAGCUGAUGGCCUUAUGGUUUAGUGGUUUGUGACGUAGAGAUUUGCUUUGCCAGUUAAUUACUGUGCAGCUUCAGUGAGCGGCUGAUGUGAUCAGACUGUGUUUGUUUGCUGCCUUUCUAGUUAAAUUAAGUCUAAUUGGUUCGGUCUAAUUAAGUCUUUUGGUCUGGUUGUGGACGUUCAUUAGGCAACAAGAUGCAAUUAACUUGCUUAAUUACAUCUUUGUAUUUCGGCUUGGAAACGUACAAAAACACUUAAAACCAAACGGGGCUUACAUUGAAUGUAUUUAAGCUCAAAUUAAUUUUGGGUUAUUGAGUAUGAGGAGGUUCAUUGUAAUAUACUGAUGCUUUUAAUUUAUUUGUAAUGUUAUAUUUCAUGGUUAUGAUUUUUAAUACAGUUUAUGUGUUUGGGUGUUUGUCUUCAACUUUCUCUAGCUAAAAAAGAAAAUUCAAGUUUUACUUAAUUACACUAUUUACCAUCAUUUUACGAUAUCAAACCAAUCACAACAACACAUCAACAUCCUGGGCCCGAGACCAGCUGGUUAUUCUGGUGAUUUUAGUCUUAAGGAGCGACGUGUGUGUUUGUAAGGUGGUUUCAGAUUGUCUGUCGUAUGUCCUGGUUUCAAUGUACAAAUAUGCCGAGAAAGUGUUGGGAUGUUUUUAAUAAUGUGCUUUUCUACUUAUUUUACCUAAAAACAAGAAAUGAUGAUGAAAACGAUGCCUGAGCUCAUGAUGUGACGUAAAAUAAGACUGAAUGCUGUUGAGAGCCAAGAAGCGGUGAAUCUUAUUUUUCAGAUGCUGAAUGUUUUUGAAUGUGUUUAGACAAAAAUGAAAUCAAAGAUUUUUUUAGGAAGAUCAAAAAAUUAAUUUGUGAGAAUCUCAUCAUCCAGUAAUAUAAGAUACGAUGAACCGAGUAGGGUGAGCUCAAAGCAAUAGGUCAUUUUGGGAAAGAAAUGCCUUAGUUUUUUUUAUUUUAUUUUAUUUUUCCUCUGAAUUAGAACACUGAAACUGCUCUGAUGUCUGCAUGAUUUUGUAUGAAGCUGCAGCCAGUAGCUUGUUAGCUUAGCAUAAAGACGUGAAAAGGCACCAAACAGCCUCUAUGCUAACAACAAAUUCAGCCUGUGAAGUUGAAAAAUGAACGUUUUAUACUGUGUCCUGCUUCAUUCAUUUAUACAAAAGCUGAAGUGUAUAUAGAACAAAAAACAGGCUGCUCGCUGCAGUUUGAAUCACGUUCCAGCACAUUUCUACUAAGUUGAUGGAUGUAAUGAAAACUUGUCUUAUUGUACCUGUACAAUUCCACAAAUCGCAAGACAGGGGUUUUAUUCCAAAACGUAUCAUUUUCUGUCAAAAGAUAUACAAACUUUGAUCUAUUUAUCAUAAUUCAAUCAACACAUUUAAGUAUAUGACAUUAAAUAAUAAGUGAAUGCUAACUUAAAUGAUCAGAGUUGCUUAGAUGAUUUUGGAAUAAAACCCGUUCAUGUCCACCUUCACCACAAACCCACUAUUAUCCUCCACAGCUACAGCUAAAGCGUUCCAGUGUUUCAAGGCAGCAUCAUGAUGAUCAGCAUCAGGUCGGGAGCUGGUUGGUUCAUGUAGAUUGUGUAGCUCGACCUGUGUUCUGUUCCCACGACUCGCACAUUCUUGCACAUUCUUCAUGAUGAAAGCACAGCACAACGUUUUCCAUGUUGUAACAGUUUUUUGGUAUCUAACAAGUGAUAUUUUCUGCUUCAAUAAAAAACUAAACACUA